AACAGACUUCACUCGCCACUGAUCUCGAUCGCAUCCGCAACGAACGAGGCGCACUCAUCACUGAACGUGAUCAGCUCACAACCGAUCUUGAUCGCAUUCACACUGAACGAUCUGCCCUCAUCGCUGAGCGUGAUCAGGCGCACUUCGAUUGUAAUGCCAUCGCCCUCGAACGUGACGCUCUUCAUCGCGAUCUCACACGCACACAAGACAUCAGCACCAACGCAACCACCGAACCCACUGCACUGCACAAAGAUCUCACACGCAUCCGCCAUGAGUGUGACACAUACCUCGAAGAACGCGAAGAGGCCCGCGUCGAGCUCAUCCAAGCCAAGGAGCAGUCCACUACCUCUUCUGAUACUCACCUCUAUGCCGCUCACACUGCUGCCCUCCGCAAAGCCUAUGCCCUCGCUGCAGCCGACAUUCAACGCCUGCGCUCCGAUUGCAACGCACACCGUGCCAACCUCGCCCAACAGCAACACGAACACUCCCAGCUUCUACAGGAGGCACUCGCAGAGAACAAAGACCUCACCACUGCCGCCACCCAGCUUCGCGAUGAACUCACUCUUCUCCAGGCUGAGCUCGCUACAUCCGACUUCCACAAUCUCCGCCAACAACUCCAGGUUGCUCAGAGCAAGAUUAAAAACCCCGCUCUUCACCCCACCCCGAUUUCGCCCAGACUCCCCACUCCUUGGCACUCCUGGCACUCCACACCACGAUUCCCAUCAAAUGCACAAUAUCCCUGA